GUCUGCUGCCAUCUCCCAGCCGACCGAACGCCUACUCUGGGCAGCUCCUCAGUGCCCCCUGCGGGACGUGAGCUUUUUCUCCUGGGAGCCGGUCUUCUGCCCCGUCAGACUCCUGGCUUUCUACUGAGCACUAAUGCUAACUCCCCUUCUUCUUCCUGUUUGCCAGAGCGACUCAAGGGGUCAGAUUCAUUCCGUCCCUUUUCCCCACAAUGUGACAUCUCUGACUUCAGCCUUCUCUCAGUCCCUGGGAAACUGGGCCUUCCCUACCCUCAAUCCCCAGGGGCUGGGGUUGUGUUCACUCAACUGAACUCCUCCCUCCACCGAUUCAGGGGACUGGAGUGAAAAUUCACAGUAAGAGGUCAGAUGUGACACCCAGACACCUUUGUGUCAAACAGGGCAAUUGUAUUAAAACCUGGAUAAGAUAGUUAACACGGCUUAAAGAUCAGAAAACAAGUAAUGGAAGUAAAUGGAAACAUUAACAAGGUCCGAGGAGCUGCAGCUGUGACUGAUGGGAACGAAGUGGCCAAGGCCCAGCAGGCAGCUCCUGGGGGGGCAGCCCCAACCAUCUUCUCCCGGAUCCUGGAUCGAAGCCUCCCAGCUGACAUUCUGUAUGAGGACCAGCAGUGUCUUGUAUUCCGUGAUGUGGCCCCUCAGGCUCCUGUGCACUUUCUGGUCAUUCCUAAGAAGCCCAUUCCUCGCAUUAGCCAGGCUGAAGAAGAAGACCAGCAGCUUCUAGGACACCUUCUCCUUGUGGCCAAGAAGACAGCAAAGGCUGAGGGGCUGGGAGAUGGAUACCGACUUGUGAUCAACGAUGGGAAGCUGGGUGCACAAUCUGUGUAUCACCUGCACAUUCACGUACUUGGGGGCCGACAGCUCCAGUGGCCUCCAGGUUGAACCUACCAAAUGACCAAGGACCUCAGACUUGGAUGCUUGGAUGGGGGUGGGGAAAAACGGCACCCUGUAAUGCUAAUAAACUUGCUCUCCCUCAA